UUGCGUUCCCUGCUUGUAUAUAUUAUUGCCUCUGCAAAGAUUCGAUUCCUGAUCCUGCUACAGUAAAUUGAAUUCCAAAAAGAAUAGAAUCACCAAGGAAGAUGAGAUUAGCGAGAAGUAUCGCUUCUCGGUUGGCCCCGCAAAGGCAACAACAAAUCCAUGGCACUUUCGGACGGUACUUUCAUGCCUCGGCCGUAAUCUCGUCGUCUACUAGCAAUCAGCAAGGGAAAAGUUGGGCUGAUCCUGCCCAACGACAGUACAAGUUUUGGAAUCGAGAAACCAGCGACAAGGGGACCUAUUCCUACUUGCUCGAUAUUUCUCCAGAAAGCAUCCAACGCGAAGCCAAAAUCAUUUCUUUGGCCGAUCCCAACGAACCCGCCGAUGAACUGCUUCACAAUGGCAAAUUGCCGCUUUCCUCCAGUCUACUGGGCAUUGGUACCAGUCUACAAGACUUUGAACACUUGAUGCAGGAUCCACAACAACAACCGAAUGUAGCAUUCAUGUGUCCCAGUUGUCCUCGUGCCGCAUCGCAAUUGCCGUUGGUAUUGGCCGCCUUUCCCAGCAUUGAAUGGGUUCAUUGUCGUUCGGCGGGAAUUGAUUUUGUCGAAUCCGAGGAAUUGCAAGAGCUGUGCAAUCGUAGUAGAAAUGUGACCCUUACGAAUGCCAAGGGACAGUUCUCGUCGUCCUUGGCCGAAUACGUCAUGAUGGCCUGCAGUUAUUUUGCCAAGGACCUGCCACGAUUGAUGCGUCAACAAGCCAACAAGAAUUGGGAAAAGUAUGAUGUCGAAGAAUUGCGUGGAAAAACCAUGGGAAUUGUGGGAUACGGUGAUAUUGGAAAAGCAUGUGCCAAAUUGGCCAGUGUCUAUGGAAUGCGCAUUGUGGCACUUCGACGACACCCUUUCCUUUCCAAAAACGAUCCACUCUGUGAUGUUGUCUACGGGACCGACAAGGCCAGUUUGAAUCAACUCAUGAGCGAAUCCGAUUACAUUGUCUGCUCGGCACCCAGUACGGUUGAAACACGAGGCAUGGUCAAUGCGCAAGCCUUUGAAGCCGUCAAGGAAAAUGCUGUAUUCAUCAAUCUGGGACGUGGACCCGUCGUCGAUGAAGCGGCAUUGAUCACAGCGUUGAAAUCGGGCAAACUCAAGGGUGCCGCACUGGAUGUCUUUACCGAAGAACCAAUCCCGCAAUCGAGCGAAAUGUGGGACCUCGACAACCUGCUCAUCUCCCCACACAAUAUGGAUCAAACGGCAACCUUUAUGCACGAGGCCACACAAUUCUUUCUCAAUGAGAAUCUACCACGUUUUCUCUGUGGAGAAGAUCUUCUCAACCCAGUCGAUCCAGUGCUUGGGUACUAG